UCCAAUUAAGUCUUUUGUUUUACCAUUCUGCGUGUGUAAUAAAGGUAGAUUAAAACAGCAACAAUAAGAGAACUCCCCAGGGGAUCCUCUGAGCAUGCAGGGAAAACGCAAGUUUCCGACCUACAGGAAGGAGAAACAGCAUCCAAUCGGUGCACGUUUCUCAAUGGCCAAUCAAACCUCGCCUUACAUUGUAGCGCUGGGAAAGAGGGAGCCGGACCUGUCUGUCUUCCGGGUGCGGCUGCUACGGUCACCUGGAGGGGCGAGCACCCCGGAGGCUGUCUUUGUUACCUGAGCAAUAAGGGCGAAGCAGUUCAACCUCUCUCUGUGCUUGCUGGAUUUGCUUGUAUUUGUUCCCAGCCACUGCUCAUGUAAUGCACUCCCUUAACCAGGAAAUUAAAGCAUUCUCCCGGAAUAAUCUCAGGAAGCAAUGCACCAGGGUGACAACGCUAACUGGAAAGAAAAUUAUAGAAACAUGGAAAGAUGCCAGAACUCAUGUUGUGGAAGAAGUAGAGCCGAGCAGUGGGGGUGGUUGUGGUUAUGUGCAGGACCUUAACUCGGACCUGCAAGUUGGCGUUAUUAAGCCAUGGUUACUCCUGGGCUCACAAGAUGCUGCUCAUGAUCUGGAUACACUGAGAAAACACAAGGUGACUCAUAUUCUUAAUGUUGCAUAUGGAGUUGAAAAUGCAUUCCUCAGUGACUUUACGUAUAAGAGCAUUUCUAUACUGGAUCUGCCUGAAACCAAUAUCGUGUCUUAUUUUCCAGAAUGUUUUGAAUUUAUUGAACAAGCGAAAAUGAAGGAUGGAGUAGUUCUUGUUCAUUGUAAUGCAGGAGUUUCCAGGGCUGCUGCAAUUGUAAUAGGCUUCCUGAUGAAUUCUGAAGAAACUUCGUUUACCAGUGCCUUUUCUUUGGUGAAAAAUGCAAGGCCUUCCAUAUGUCCAAAUUCUGGCUUCAUGAAGCAGCUUCGUACAUAUCAAGAGAGCAAAGAAAGCAAUAAGUGUGACAGAUACAGGAAUUAGAAAGGGACAACAGUUCAUGAGUUGCAUUCUAUCAGAUGAUGGAUAACUAAUCUCUGAAUUAGCCUCUAUAGCCAUCUUUUCCCUUUUUGGAUCGUAGACUAGCAAAAACUUCCUUUUCUUGUGCCUUUUCCAAGUGGAAACAGGUCAAUUUGGUUGAUCUGAGCUAGCAUAUAAAUAAAUUUUUAAAUUAUA